UCAAAGCAAGUAGCCCGCAAGCGCUAUAAUUGAUCAAUAAGCGCUGCUAGGGCCGUCCCACUACUUCCCAUUUUCGUUUCUUUUAGGCACUGCCGCUACUGGUAGCAGCGGUGGGUUGGGACAUCAAACUUCGUAUUGCCCUAGUAUACGUGCUCUUCGCAACCUUAUUGCGACUAAUUGCGACCAAUUACAAUCAAUUACCAGCGCAAACUUGAAGAUCACUCGUAAAAACAGGUACCUACCUACACUACCUAAGGUACCCGCACCUACCUAAAGGUUUUUAAAUUUUAGGUAGAUUAGGCACAGCCAGAAUACCUAUCAGGGUUCUGAACGUUUCUGUUUCUCAGAGUUGAAUUAUUCUCAUGUUCCCAUUAAACCUUUUUUAAAUGAUCCUUUUCUUCGAAUACAUAUCUGCCCAACUUGUAGUCCACGGCUGUUUUUUUAUUAUUACCAUGAUACCCUUAUUUUAUAUCUAGCUAAGGUAUUAUUAGUUGGUACCUAGUUAUAUCUUGUUGUGAUAGGUUAGAAGAGGAAGAGAAAUCACCUAUUAUCACCCUCCCGAAACGAUUUGACGUCACGGGCCUCGCUUUUUCUUGAAUCGCUUUUUUGAAUCGGGUGAUCCGGCUGAAGAGACGGUCGUCAACCUUUCUGCGCUCUUCUUUCUUCUUGUACUAGUGGACGAGCAACCGACAUGGCGCAAUUGAAUCCAGACCUGCAGGAGAAGUUGGACGAAUUGGAGAAAGAGCUUCAGGAAGGCGAUAUUACGGAGAAGGGCUUUCAAAAGCGGCGAACCCAGCUACUUUCGCAAUAUCUCGGCCCCGGCGCAUUAACUGAAGCCACUCGAGGCUUACGAAUACAUACUGUAGACGAUGAUACCCCUAAUACGAGCGAAGGGCAUAGAGAUGCAGCAUAUGCCGCUUUAAAUACCGCUAGCCCCGACCUCAGUGACGCGUAUUCCCCCUCGACUAUCAAAUCUCCCAUCGAUUGGCGACCCCAAUCAUCUGGAAUACCCAGCUCGGGUUUCCCCUAUGGCGCCGAGCAUCCGGCUGGGUUAUUACGGCCAGGCGGGCCCCUGGCCGAUUCGCGUCCAAGCAUGAAUCAACGUGAUUCGCUAUUCCUUAUUCCUACUCCUAGCUAUUCCCAGACAAUGGUAUCCGACUCACCUACGCGGUCAGGAACGAUGGUUUCGGGGGACUAUGCUUUCAAGCCGGAGCACCAAGGAGGAUAUGGACAACCACAGCCGCAAAACCCGUAUGACAGUCGGACCGGCACGAUGGUAGACUCCCAGGUGUAUUUUUCCGAUUUUGCUGGUCAACAGUCAUACGACCAAGGUCCCGGCGCCGGCGGUGGUGGUGGCGGCGAAUAUGGCGGUGGUGUUCACAGAUAUUCAUCUAGUGACGCCUUCUCACCUACCGCCGCUAUGGCUCCGCCGAUGCUCACUGCAAACGAUUUGCCUCCCCCUGAAGCUCUAGAGUAUCAGAUGCCCCUCGAACCACGAGAAUUGCCAUUUGCUAUCGUUGACCCACACGAUGAAAAUACGGCCAUGUCGAAUUUUGACAACAUUGCUGCUGUGCUAAGACACAGGGGGCGCACUACUGGAAAGCUCCCAGCAUAUUGGGUGCUUGAUAGUAAGGGGAAGGAGAUAGCGUCUAUCACCUGGGAUAAGCUUGCUUCCCGAGCAGAGAAAGUAGCCCAAGUUAUUCGUGACAAGAGUUCCCUAUACCGUGGGGAUCGUGUUGCGCUUAUUUAUAGGGACUCGGAGGUCAUUGACUUUGCGAUCGCCCUGCUGGGCUGUUUUAUCGCGGGCGUUGUCGCAGUCCCUAUUAACGACUUACAGGAUUACCCAAAAUUAAAUCUCAUAUUAACUUCCACGCAGGCACAUCUAGCCUUAACUACCGACAACAACUUGAAGUCUUUUCAGCGAGACAUCACCACGCAGAAACUGAACUGGCCCAAAGGGGUUGAAUGGUGGAAGACCAAUGAAUUUGGAAGUUAUCAUCCAAAGAAGAAAGAUGACGUACCUCCUUUAUCCGUCCCUGAUCUAGCAUACAUCGAAUUCUCAAGAGCUCCAACAGGAGAUCUUCGAGGUGUGGUACUUAGCCACCGUACUAUAAUGCACCAAAUGGCCUGUCUCAGUGCUAUAAUUCAGACCGUUCCCAGUGGGUCUAGCGACACUUUCAAUCGCACCCUUAGGGACAAGAACGGGCGUCUCAUAGGGGGUGGCGCCAGCAGCGAGAUUCUUUUAUCCUACCUCGACCCUCGCCAAGGUAUUGGCAUGAUUCUAGGCGUUCUUCUUAACAUAUACAGCGGUCAUACGACUGUGUGGGUUGAGAACAAAGCGGUAAAUUCUCCUGGUCUCUAUGCUCAUCUCAUCACUAAAUACAAGGCUACGCUUAUGGUUGCGGAUUAUCCCGGCCUGAGAACUGCUGCUUUCAACUAUCAGCAAGACCCUAUGACAACGCGAAAUUUCAAGAAAGGCAUGGAGCCGAACUUUCAACAUGUCAAGCUUUGUCUAAUCGACACCCUGACGGUGGAUAGCGAGUUCCACGAAGUAUUAGCAGAUCGAUGGCUUCGACCUUUACGAAAUCCUAGAGCUAGGGAGGUAGUCGCCCCAAUGUUAUGUUUGCCCGAACAUGGAGGCAUGGUUAUUAGCGUCCGGGAUUGGUUAGGUGGUGAAGAACGUAUGGGAUGCCCGUUAAAAUUAGAUAUUGACGCGGAAUCCGGCUCGGAAACCGAUAAGGAGGAAGAGAAAGAUAAGGAGAAGGAGAAGGAAAAAGAAAAACCGGCACCAUCAAACGGCUUUGGAAGUCUCCUUGGAGGCGGCACAACGACUACAAAAGAACACGACGCUAAGAAUGACCUCGGCGAAGUUCUGCUGGACAGGGAAGCUCUCAAGACGAACGAAGUCGUUGUCGUAGCUAUAGGAGAAGAUGCUCGAAAAAAGGCGAAUUCUGAGCCAGGCACCGUUCGGGUAGGUGCUUUCGGAUACCCCAUUCCCGACGCCACUCUCGCUGUUGUUGACCCCGAAACGGGGCUUCUAACUUCUCCGCAUUCCAUUGGAGAGAUCUGGGUGGAUUCUCCUUCUCUUUCAGGUGGGUUUUGGGCGUUGCCCAAGCAUACAGAACAGAUCUUUCAUGCUAGACCCUAUAAAUUCGAGCCAGGAGAUCCAACGCCUACAGCAGUAGAACCGGAGUUUCUGAGGACUGGUCUGCUUGGGACUGUAAUUGAAGGGAAGAUCUUCGUGCUCGGAUUAUACGAAGACCGCAUUCGACAGAAAGUCGAAUGGGUUGAGCAUGGCCACGAAGUUGCUGAGCAUCGGUAUUUCUUCGUACAACACAUAAUUGUCAGCAUCCUUCGAAAUUUGAAUAAGCAAGUAUUUGAUUGUUCUGCGUUUGACGUCUUUGUCAACGACGAGCAUCUACCAAUAGUGGUAUUGGAGUCGUCGGCAGCUUCAACAGCUCCAGCAACGUCCGGUGGUCCGCCUAGGCAGCUAGACACCGCGUUGCUAGACACGCUCUCAGAAAGAUGCAUGGAAGUUCUUAUGCAGGAACACCACUUAAGGGUUUAUUGCGUUAUGAUCACGGCACCGAACUCCUUACCUCGGGUAACCAAGAACGGCAGGCGAGAGAUAGGAAACAUGCUUUGCCGGAGGGAAUUCGACCUAGGCAAUUUACCAUGUGUUCAUGUCAAAUUUGGUGUCGAACAUGCUGUGCUAAACCUGCCCAUUGGAGUCGACCCAAUGGGUGGUAUUUGGUCACCCACAGCAUCAGACGCUCGAGGAGAUUUCCUUGGACCUGCUGAUAAGCAGUAUUCGGGAAUCGACAGACGCGAAGUUGUCAUUGAUGAUCGCACGUCUACGCCGUUGAACAACUUCCUAAGCAUCACAGAUCUCAUCCAAUGGCGAGUAGCGCGGCAGCCAGAAGAGCUCUCCUAUUGCACCAUUGACGGGAGGGGAAAGGAAGGAAAAGGCAUCACUUGGAGGAAGUUUGAUACUAAGAUUGCUGCUGUGGCGCUGUAUCUCCGUAACAAGGUAAAUAUACGGCCCCGCGACCAUGUCAUGCUCAUGUAUACGCAUUCUGAAGAUUACGUCUUCGCCGUCCAUGCUUGCAUUAACCUCGGUGCUGUCAUCAUACCAACUGCGCCGAUGGACGAACGUCGAUUGAACGAAGACGUGCCGGCUUUCCUUCAUCUCAUUAAUGACUAUAACGUUAAAGCUGUUCUUGUUAAUAAUGAGGUAGAUCACCUCCUCAAAUCGAAGGGUGUCUCCCAGCACAUCAAACAGUCCGCCCAGUUCCUCAAAAUCAACGUUCCGAACGUGUUUAAUACCUCAAAGCCGCCAAAACAGAACAGCGGGCUGCGUGACCUUGGUAUCACCGUCGAUCCCGCCUGGAUUCAACCUGGAUAUCCGGUUAUAAUAUGGGCAUACUGGACGCCAGAUCAGCGGAGAAUUUCGGUGCAGCUUGGCCAUGACACUAUUUUAGGGAUGUGCAAGGUUCAAAAGGAAACUUGCCAGAUGACGAGUUCCAGACCGGUACUCGGCUGCGUCAGAAGCACCACAGGCUUAGGAUUUAUCCAUUCAUGUUUAAUGGGUAUCUAUAUAGGCACGCCCACUUACCUGCUUUCUCCUGUCGAGUUUGCGCAAAAUCCCAUCUCACUCUUUUUGACGCUGAGCCGUUAUAAGAUAAAAGACACGUACGCAACGCCUCAGAUGCUCGACCACGCCAUGAAUACAAUGCCCGGCAAGGGGUUCGCCAUGCACGAACUGAAGAACAUGAUGAUCACGGCUGAAGGAAGGCCCCGCGUUGAUAUAUUCCAAAAGGUCAGACUCCAUUUUGCGGCGACUGGCCUCGAUAGGACGUCUAUAAACACGGUAUAUUCGCACGUGCUCAAUCCGAUGAUUGCGUCGCGGUCGUAUAUGUGCAUCGAGCCUAUCGAGCUUUGGCUUGACCAGCGAGCACUUCGCAGAGGCUUAAUCGUCCCUGUAGAUCCCGAAUCAGAUCCCAAGGCCCUAUUAGUCCAAGAUUCCGGUAUGGUACCUGUUUCAACCCAAAUAGCUAUCGUCAAUCCAGAGAGCCGGCUCCUCUGUACGGAUGGGGAGUAUGGAGAGAUCUGGGUCGAUUCAGAAGCGUGCGUCAAGGCGUUUUAUGGGUCCAGAGACCCCUUUGACGCCGAGCGCUUCGAUGGACGUACGAUCGACGGCGAUCCCAACAUCAGUUAUGUCCGGACUGGAGAUCUUGGCUUUCUUCAUAACGUCAGUCGGCCUAUUGGACCGGGUGGAGCUCAAGUGGAUAUGCAAGUUCUUUUCGUACUAGGUAACAUCGGCGAGACCUUCGAGAUUAACGGUUUGAGCCAUUUCCCUAUGGAUAUAGAGGCCUCGGUCGAGAAAUCUCAUCGAAACAUUGUUCCCGGUGGCUGCGCUGUCUUCCAAGCAGGUGGUCUCGUAGUCGUCCUUGUGGAAGUAUCACGCAAGGCUUAUCUCGCGUCUAUUGUCCCCGUCAUCGUAAAUGCUAUUCUGAACGAUCACCAGAUCGUAGUUGAUAUAGUUGCCUUCGUUAACAAAGGCGAUUUCCCCCGUAGCCGACUCGGCGAGAAGCAGCGUGGAAAGAUCUUGGCCAGCUGGGUCACUCGGAAGAUGCGCACGGUCGCGCAAUUCGCAAUCCGCGACCCGGACUCCAUUAGCGUGGAGGGCGGCGACGGAACGGGAGAGAACCACCGCGUCAGUGUGGGUAGCAUUCGGAGCAACAACGCUCCCGGCGCCAACUCGUCGCUGAGAAAUAUGGAACACGCCCCGCAGAUAUUGGAACAGGAAGAGCUGGACCACCAGAUGAACAAAAUGUCGGCCUUACCCCAACCCAUAGACCUCUCCGCUAGCAACGAGAGAAUUGCCGAUAUGGACCGCUUCAGCUCGUCGAGGCAGCAGUACCACCACCAGCAGCAGCUACCCCCGCAGAUCCGUCUGCCGGGUCUUGACAGCCGCGACGGUUCGAACGGAGGCGUGGGCAUGGACAUGUGGGAUCGCAGGCAAAGCAGCGCGGGGCAGGAGGAUGAGUGGCAGCACGACGCCCUGAUGCACAUGAACCUCGCCAAUCAGAUGCAGCAGCAGCGGCACGAUUAGGGGUCGGCCGCUUCGAAGCGGAGGCAUUUAUACAGAGAGAUGAGGCGCGGCAGUCGCGUAUGAACCGUACCUAGUCUGGAUUCUUCUUUUUUAAAGCUAUCUUAAAAUGGGCCAGUGGAUAGCUAAUACGAUUCGGAUUCGGCCUUGGAGUUAGCCGGUUCUGUCCUUUUUGCACAACUCGACUCUCGGUAAACGAGGGUCUGGAUAAAACACAGGUGCCUUAUCUAGUCUUUUCUUCUUUUAUUUAAAGUCUGAUGGCUUCGAAUAGCGUUGGGAUUGGGGCAUGCAUGGCCAUCCUUUUCUUUUUUUUUCUUAUAUGAUAUGAAAGAUAUCACGAAUUGGAGAUGUCGAGAUGAAUUAAAUUUACAUUAAGACGGUAAUCAAAGACUGGUUCAUGCGUUUUGCUUUUUUUUAUAAAAAAAAAUAAUAAACAAAAAAAAAUGCUCUUGGUAGCUAACUAA